AUGCUGGCGACGGCUGCUGGACGUGAGUUUACAGCUUGCCGCUUCUUCCGCUCGCCGCCUCCUCGUGCUUUGUCACUGCCAAAGAGGCUACCACAGAAGCCUCCCAAGGCUGCAGGCAGAAAAGCGGUUGCUGCGCCGAAGGAGGCAGAAGGGCCUUCAGUCUUGUCUCCAACAUCUCUGGGCAGCGUGUGGGCACUUCUCCUGGACCUGGCUGACCUCCGGUGUUGGGCCUUGCUCAUUGUGGGCUUGCUGGUGGUUGGCUCCAGUAAAACCCUUGGCUUCCUCGCUCCUUUCGCGCUGAAGCGGGCCGUCGAUCUUUUAAGCCGCCAGGAUUACUUGGGCCUGUCAUGGUUGGCCAUCUUCGCUGCACUGAAAGGCAUGACCCAGGCCCUGAACAACAGCAAGACGGCUGUGUUGUGCUUCAUCGCACGCCCCAUGGGGAGGUUCCAUGCCAUGCGGCGAACGGGCGAGAUCCUCCGAAAGCUGGAGCGACCGCCCCGUGCGGUCGAUACUUUGUUGCGCGCCUUGCUGUUCACGCUUGUUCCGAUCUUCUACGAACUUGUCGUCGUCUUCUUCCUGCUACUAUCCCGAGCGGGUACCGACGUUGCGGCCACAGUCCUGUUCACAGUCUGCUUGUACUUCCUCUUCACCACCUGGCUGUCUGCGGGGUGGGUUGGCCGAGCCCGACGAACUGAAAAUCGUUUCGACGACGCACAGGCAACGCAGGCCAAUGAUGCCUUGCUGAAUUGCGAGCAAGUGCGGCUCCUCGCCGCCCAGAAGCGCGUUCUUCGCCGCUUCGGGCGGUUCUGGGGUGCGCUGCAGCGAGGCCAGCAGUCGUCUGACGUGGCGGCCACUGUCCUAGCAACAGGACAGCAGGCCAUCACUGCUUGCGGUCUUGGUGUGGCGCUGAUGCUGGUGGCACGCCGCGUCUGCAGCGGCACAGCCUCAGUUGGCGAUCUUCCUAUGGUUCAGGGUCUCGUAUCCCAGCUUUGGGCGCCCUUGCAGUUCUUAGGCUUCUACAUACGGCAGGCGCGGCAGGCCCUCGUCGACCUGGAGGAUGCCAGGAUGCUGCUCAACCGGCCGACUUCGGAGCUGGAGGCAGCCGAGGCGUUGGAGAGGAGGCAGCUCAGUUCGGGGCUCUCGGCGGAGGCACUCUCCAACCUCCCACAAGCUGCCCCAGGCUGCCCUUUGGUGGAGUUUCGCGACGUGUGGUUCCGCUACGAGAGCCAUCUCCCCUGGAUUUUGCAGGGCCUGUCCUUCUGCAUUGAGCCGGGGCAGUUCAUGGCGAUCGUGGGGCCAUCUGGUAGUGGGAAGAGUUCUCUCGGCCGCCUUGUGCCACGGCUCUUGGACACAUGCAAAGGCAGCGUUCUCUUCAACGGGGUGGACGUCCGCCACCUCCAGCUUUCAGAACUGCGCAGCCGUUUGGCCGUGGUUCCCCAGGAUGUGGUGGUCUUCAACUCAACCCUGCUCCGAAAUCUCACCUUCGCGCGCCCGGGUGCAUCGAAAGAGGAAGUCGAGGCUGCAGUUCGCAAGAGCGGUCUGGCAUCCGCGCUCCUCUCUGGGGAGGAGGGCGGCCUUUCGCUGCAGUCCGUGGUCGGAGAGCGAGGACUCCGCCUCUCCGGGGGCGAGCGUCAGCGGCUCUCCUUUGCCAGGGCUCUGCUGAGGGCGCCACAGACGGAACUGCUGCUUCUGGACGAGGCCACAAGUGCCCUGGAUGCUGAGACGGGUCAGCUCCUCCUGGAGAGUUUAGCUGAACUCCGAUCACGUGAAGGGGGCAGCCCACCGGCCAUCCUUGCCAUCACCCAUCAGCUGAAGAUGGCAAAGCAG